AUGGGCCCGGCCGCAGCUGAGCCCGAGGCGAAGCCGGGCCGGCACUGGGAUAAAGCCGCGGGAGGGGAGCGGGAGGUGCGGGAUGUCCAGCGCUCGCUCCAGCCCCCCGGGAGCAGUCGGUGCCAGCCCGCGGAGGGCCGCGGGAGCUCGGGGGGCUCUGCCAUCCGAGCUAACGCCGUGCCCCCUCCCCAGCUGCGGCCCCUGGCCCUGCUGGCCCUGGCGGAUUUCCUGGGCUCCGCUGCCCUGCUGGGCACGGCCACGCUGCAGCUGCUGCCGGCCCCGCUCUCCGUGCCCGCCUACGCCGCCUGUCCCUACGGGCGGAUGCUGGUCACGACCUUCUACUCGGUCUCGUUCCUCAUGGUCGUUGUCUACGCCUACGAGUCCUAUCGCACCGUCCUUGGCGGCAGAGCCCGGCCCGCGGCAGCGCUGCAGGAGCGGAGCCGGUGCCUGGAGAGCGCGUGGCAGGGAAUUCCCUACAUCCUGGCCUGGCUGGUGCCGGCGCUGACGCUCCUGGGGCAGCUCCUCGCCCGCGGCACCUCCGGCACCGACAUCGCGCCCGUGGUGCCCUGGAAAGGGAACGGCUCCCACGACACCUUCGGGCUGUACUGCUCCAGCUGCCUGCUGCUCAUCCACCAUGCCCAGGACAUCUGCUACCAGUACCUCGGUGAGAACGACGCGGGGCUGGCGGGGAAAAUCAUCUUCCUCCUGUACCUGCUGCUGGUGCUCGGCUGCUGCACGCUCCUGUACCGCCGGGUGAGGCUCCGCUGCCGCGGGACGGUCGCGGUGCCUUUGCUGCCCCUGGAGAGGGACGCGGGCUUUGGGGGCGGGAGCGGCCGCAGCGUCAGCAAAGCCUCCCGCUGCUUCCAGCUGGUUUUCCUGCUCUGCUGGACACCAGCCUUCCUCCUCACCCUCCUCUCCUUCACCAGCAUCAAACCCGCCUCGGUCCUUGUCCUCUACGUUGCUGCAGCCCUGAGCGUGUCCCUGCAGGGCUUCCUGCACAGUUUGGUCUAUGGCUGGAUGAGGGAGAACUUCCGUCGGGAGGUGCUGGGCAGGAGCCCCCCCCUGCAGCCCCCCCGGGGCCUCCAGGCUUUCUACGACGAGUCCCUGGGGCUGUUCCCUGAGCUCCCACCUCCAGUCCCUGGGGCUGUUCCCUGA